AUGCCUCCUGCUGAAGUCACCUUGGUUGAAGAGAGUGAAGAGGUCGAACAAUUUGCUGGAAGCCUGGGAAUUUACAGUAGAACCCCUCUUGGGAUAUCUCUUAAUACGAAAGGAAUCAGGAAAGUGUUCAGCUAUGGCUCAUCACCUUAUCUCAAUGCCGAGACCUGUUAUUACACUGGUGAGCUGCCCAAUAUCAGUUCUUUAAGGAAGAGGUUGGAACAGAAGUUGGAGACCAAGGGUUUGAAUAUCUCAGCAAAUUGUGUCAACUUGUUAAACAUUGGAAUGGACAUGUUUGUGAAGAGAUUACCGCAGUCUUGUCUGGAUUUAGCUGCUUCAAGGUCCUAA